AUGACUUGGAACUUAACAGAGAGUAAACAUGGAAAAGAAGCUCCUGAUGGUGUGUGUGGCUGUGUUAAAAGAACAGCUAAUCGAUUGGUGGCUCAGGGGGCAGAUAUACCAGACUUGGACAGUUUAGGUUCAGUACUGAAACAUAAUUGCCCGGGCAUAAACUUCAAAGUAGUAAGAGAAGAAGAUAUUAAAGCUUUAGAUGAUAUGAUUUCCGUUAAUAUUAAGCCUUUUAAAGGCAAGACAAUUGCAAGGACUCUUAAAUGUAACAAUAUGAUCAAUUUAAGACGAUUGAGGUGUUUAACUUGCAAACCUCCAAAUUAUUGCAUUCAUUAUCACUUGGGUGAAAUGCUACUUGUUCCUGCUGUUAAUAAAAGUCAUUUUAGAGGAUAG